AUGAGGACCACUUUCUUGACUGGCACUGCGCCGGCCGCAUCCUCGCGGCAGAGCCGAACGGCCAUGCGAGGCUUCAAGGAUGACUUCUACGCAUGGAAGGAUUCCCUGAGCAAGGAUGAGCAAGCUUUGAUCCUGAAGCAGGCGCAGAACGAGUUCGACAAGAAGUUCCGCAAGAGCGACACCUUCAGCCAGGACCUGCCAGAGGAGAAGAUCCAGUCCUUCGCCAAGGUCCUCAAGAAGUUCUUCGACAACGAAAAGGAUGACUACAAGAAGGACGCGGAGCAGCGGACUCCUGACUACGAUGCUCUGAAGAACAAGGCGGCCCUGGUCUCCUACGACUUCGGCCUGAAGCGACGCGUCGUGGAGAUCGACCGCGACGCCGACCGCCGCUGGAUGUACGCGUCCAUGAAGGCGCGCGUGGCCGAGGCCGAGGACAAGGAGGUCUCCGACAGCGCCCCCUUUGAGGACGCCUACAAGUUCUCCAAGGACACCGCGGAGAAGGUCCACGACUUCAUCUCCAAGGCCAACAGCGCCAGCAGCGCCCCUAAAGAGCUGAAGGGUGAGAUCGACAAGAUGCUGAAGGAGAACCCGCCCUCGGACGACUUCAAGGUGAGGUUCCCCCGGGUCUUGCACGAGCGACUCGCCCAGAAGGCUUUGGCGCUGGCGCAGGAGAUCGAGGACUACAAGGCGAACCAUUCCGAGGCGGAGGUCAAGGAGUUCAACACCAGGACUGCGCCGGAGGAGUUCCUGAAGACGGCGACCGAUCUCAUCGGGCCGUACUACGAGGCCCGGGAGGCCAACGAGAAGAAGGUGGAGGACCUGAAGGCCUUCUUCCGCUCCCAGAAGAAAGUGGCCGGCAAGACCAAGGCGGACAUCGUCAAGGAGAUCUUCAAGGUCAUGCCCAAGUACUCCGACACGCCGAUGCCGCCUCUGGACGAGGAGAUGCUCGCCGACUUGGCCAAGAUCCCUGCCGUCCUCGAGGGUGAGUUCAAGCACAACUGGGGUACCGCGGAGAAGCUCUACAAGUCCGAGGCCAUCGACUCCUUCGGCAACAAGUACCUCCUGGGCGUCUUCGAGACCGUGAAGGAGGCCGAGAAGGCCUUCGACGAGUGGAACAAGGAGUACGAGCAAGCCGGGGUGGAUGUCCAGGAGUCGCUGAGUGGCUGGGCCAAGCAGCAGGAGGCUGCGCUCGCCGAAGACCAGGACGAGGUGGACCGCCUCCGCAAGCAAUUGGAAGAGGCACGCCGCUGA